AUGUCGAUUCCGAUUGUUACUAUUCCUGAAGCUGCUUUUGAUGCAGCAGGACUCGCUGGAGUAGCAGCACGCAGAAAAUCACGGCUCGUGCUGUAUCUUUUCAGACUCACGAAUGGAUCGGCAGUCGUUUUGAUUCUAGCCUACCUUGUCGGAAUAUUCGGCAUCAAACCGUUAUUGGAGACUCGUGUUUUCAGAAGACUUGAGAUCCUUGAAUUAACCAGAACCAAGCUACGUGACUUAUAUCUUAAUGCAAUCGGAAGAGUCGAGCACAUUCCUAUAGUGGCACUCCAUAAGCCAGGAACGAAGAAGCUUUACGCCGAGGCUGUCUGUCAAACAGAGUCCUCGCAAGCUUCAGAUGAUACAGAGAUUAAUAACAUCCGCACUUUGGGCCAGGAGAAGCUUUUCCAGAAGCUUGGUGUGUUGGGAGCUGGUUUACGCCAAUGUACGAGUUACCUGAUCAGCGAGAUCCCCAGCUAUCGCCUGGUGGAGUCAUCGGUUAAGCAGUUUCAACAGAAAACAGACCAGUCUUUCUUUAGCCAUAGAGAUAUGUUUUUCAGGGACGUUUUGCAACCAGACGGGAAGUCUAGGGAGAAGAACUUGGCCCAGGAGGCUAAAGGAGAAAUUCGUGGAAUCAAGGGUCUUUUUAUGAGUGGACAGGUGUAUUAA